AUGAAUGGCAUAGGUUAUCUUGUCUCGGCUAAUCCUCGAGAUCCUGACUAUCAUAAUCAAGAAAAUCCAACUAAAAAUCCAGAAAAAGUUGCCGAUGCUGAACACAAUCCUUAUGGCUAUACAAAAAUCCCUCAAGCACCUUGGGGAACCCAUUGGCUUUAUCAAACUUCUUCUGUUGGAUAUGAACAGGUUGAUAUUUACACGGAGGACCCAACAUUCAAUGGGUUUCAAUCCAAACCAAUCAAUAGUAAUACUUGCCUAAAUAUUCAUAAUUUUAGAACUAGUCGAUUAUCUCCCUGUGCACGACAUGCUCAACAGGAAAUAACAAAAAUGGAUGCACCAUUUAUUUUCACUAACGUUAACAUGAAAACCCAUCUUUACAUUGAUGGAAAAAUGGUUAGUAAACGAGAACAGACUGAUCUUGGCAAGUUUAUCCAGUCUGGGGGCAGUCAGCCAGAUCCUUCUAAAUUAUCUAAGGCUGGUCACGGAAAAAUUGCUCAUUCUGCAUCACAUUUAACAUUAAAACUGAGAAUAUGGAUGUAUUCCCUGUAUUCUUUGCUUUUGGCUCAUUUAUCAAAGUCUUCACCUAUGCCGUUCAUGUUUGAAAAAUUGGUGGGUGGAUCAUUAUUUGCUGAAUCACUUAAUCCUUUACAAGCC